AAACACGGUUGCGUGAAGCGUGGCUCGCAAUCGUGAAAUUUACGAGACUUGCUCGACCUGUAGAUUCUUGUAUCAUAACCACAGCAUAGAAAACGCAAUCAUAACAUAAAACAUAACCUUCAUCUUUUAUGUACAUUUGUGUACAUUGUUUUAUAAUACCUAAGUACAUAAUCUUUAAUGUUUAUUUUAUGUGCUUUUUCUAUGGCUGUGGCUUCUGGCUUGUAGUCUUAUAAACAUUGGUCUUAUUGCUAAAUUUAUUACCUUUGAAUAUAAUAAUAUAAAAUAAAACAUCUCACAGGUCCUAGGUAAAAUGUUUGAGUGUAAUACUUGUGAUAAUAAAACGUAUUCUUCCCAAAAGGCGUUGAAUAAACAUUACAGACAAUUUCAUAAUAUUAUUUUUAAAGAAGUGCUAUAUGAGUGUCAUCAGUGCAAUAAAACUUUUCCGUCGAAAAGAAAACUGCAAGAGCAUCACAGCAAGAAUCACAAAACGUUUCGUAUUCCAGGCACAACAUUUCAAUGUGAUAGAUGUGAUAAACUGUAUGCAUCAAAAAAGUAUUUGAAAAUACAUGAAAAGAAACACCAAAGCCCAAGUUCUCUUGACAAAUAUGAAUGCCAUACAUGCGGAUCUAUUUUUGACACAAAAAAUGAAAUAUGUGAUCAUAUAAAAUUACAUAAUAGAUGUAAGAACCUGUUAUGCCCAUUCAAUGAGUGCCAAGAAUCUUACAACAGAUACAAACAUCUUCGUAGUCAUAUCUCAGAUUAUCAUAAUUUACAUCUGAUAACUGAAACAUAUACAUUCAGUACUAAUGAAGAAUUCAAUAAAUGGCGUUCUGCAAAAGAACAAGAACUGAAAGCAAAUUAUAUUUUGUCUACCAGUGAAAAAAAAUUAAAGGAGGGUGUAAGGACAUAUUAUAUAUGUCAUAGAUCUCAAGCUCCACGGAUAACAGAAACCCCUAAAAGAAAUGCGAAAUCUAUGGGAACAAAUAAAAUUGGACGUACAUGUCCAUCUACUAUGAUUGUUACAAGUAACCAAGAAUGCAUAUCAGUUGUUUUCUUUCCUGUACAUGUUGGUCAUUGUAAUGAACUAGGGCGUUUAAGAAUUGAUGAGACAGACAGGAUUAAAAUAGCAGGUAAAUUGUCUCAAGGGGUCCCAAUAGGCAGAGUACUCAGUGAUAUUAGAGAAAGUGCACCCAGUGGAGAGAUGGAGAGAGUUCACUUGAUUGAAAAAAAGGACCUUAACAACAUUGUACGAGAUUUUUCAAUUGGAUACACUACUAAAAGGCACAAAAAUGAUGCAGUCAGUGUACAAUUAUGGGUCAAAGCCAUGCAAUUAUUGGAAAACAACCCAGUUUUAUUUUAUAAAAACAGUGAAGAAGAUUAUGAGGGAGUGUUUGAUAAAAAUGAUUUUGUUUUAAUAAUAAUGACAGAAUUUCAGAAAAAGUCACUUAUUUCAUUUGGUCAAGACAAAAUCUGCAUUGAUGGCACUCACGGUUUAAACCAGUAUGGAUUUCAAUUAUACACAGUUGUUAUUGUUGAUGAAUAUGGUUCUGGGGUACCAGCAGCAUUUUGUUUUUCAAACAGAUCUGAUGAAACACUCUUUCAACAUUUUUUUCAAUGUAUUAAAGAUAGUGUUGGAUUAUUGUCGGCAAAUGUUUUUAUGUCGGAUGACUAUCCUGCAUUUUACAAUGCAUGGAAAUCAGUUAUGAGCGAAGUACCUAAUAGACUGUUAUGUACCUGGCAUAUAAACAAGAACUGGGUACAAAAUUCUGGAAAAAUAUUAGAUAAGAAUAAAAGAUCUCUUGUUUUAAAAACUUUAAAAGUCUUGCAAAAAGAAAUAGAUGGGGAAGCUUUUCAGAAUGAGCUAAAAACUUUUGUUCAUCAGCUUCAAAAUGAUUCUGAUACAUUGCAAUUUUACCAGUAUUUUUCUAGGACAUAUUUGAAUCGACUAGAAAUGUGGGCUUAUUGCCACAGAAAAUAUCUUGGCAUAAAUACGAAUAUGUAUUUAGAAUCACUCCAUAAAGUGAUAAAACAUUUUUACCUGGAAGGUAGAAAAUGCAAACGUCUGGAUAAGACCAUAAAUGCAUUAAUGAAUCUGGUACGGGACAAAAUGUUUGAGAGGGUCAUAAAGUUAGAAAAGCAUAAAGUAUCUGGAAAAAUACAGAAAAUCAGAAAUAGUCAUAGGCUAGGUGGAAACAUUUCAAGGGACUGUGUUCAACAAAAAAAUGAAAAGCAGUGGUGUGUAAUUUCUUCAAAUGAUAAUGAUCAUACUUAUUUGGUUGAAAAAAUAGGUAAGGGUUGCAUUGACCUUUGUGAGCUUAAAUGUAAAAGUUGCCAAAUUUGCAUUCAUUGUUUUAAAUGCAGCUGUUUGGAUAAUGUUAUAAACUAUAAUAUUUGUAAACAUAUACAUGCCUGUUGUCUUUAUUUUUUCAACAAUGUAUUAGGUCAUGCUCCAUCAGUGUUUAAAUCAGAAUCUAAUAAUGUUACAAAUAAUUUCAUCUCAGCAGUACCAAGUAGUAGUAAUUCUAACAGAGACUUACUAAAUUCUAAGCUUGAGGUACUCAUUGGGUUAAAUAAUAGGUUUAAUUUAGGUGAAGCUGAUGAAAACAUUAUUUCAAAGUACCUUGAUAAGGCAAUUGAUAUUUAUAAUACCAAUGGUCAGGUUAACUUUGAAGUUAAGGAGAGUGUAACUACCACUCAAAAACUUGAACCUCAGGUUAGAAUGUUUUCUGCCAAGCGCAAACGGAGAUCUCAAAAAGAUAUCCAACAGCCUUUAGCUCAUGAGACAAAAAGCAUAAAACUAGCACUUGCAGACUCUGAAGCUAAAGUGCCUAAUAUUAGUACAGAUUUUAAUUUUGAGCAUUCAUAUUCUAAACUGUAAGAUUCUAUUUCACAAGAUUCCAUUUUCUAUCUCCCUAAUUCAGGAAAGGUCUCGAAUUAAUUGUUUAUAAAACCAGUCGAUAAAUCUGAACUGAUCCAAACAAUCAAUAGUAUCAAAAGCAAAUCUUCCUGUAGUACUGAUGGUCUAUCGACAAAAAUUUUUUCUAAUCUCCCAGAAAAUGUGUUGGAAGUCCUCAUCUCACUAAUUAUUGAUUAACUAUAUAAAAAGAUAAAUUUCCAGAGUGCCUAAAAACAGCCAUCAUUAUUCCUCUUCAUAAGGGUAGUGAAAUAUCUAAUACCUACAAUUAGAGACCUAUUGCACUACUACCGGUAGGUAUUCUCCAAAAUUAUUGAGAGACUCAUAAAAGCCCGACUUAUGCCCUUUCUCGUUGAAAACAACAUUUUAUCACAAAAUCAGUUCGGCUUUUUAAAUAAUAAAUGCACCACUGAUGCCAUGUUUUCUGUACUACAUGAGGUUUAUCAAACACUGAACAAUAAUCUUCACAUUGCCACAGUUUUUUGUGACUACGCCAAAGCUUUUGAUUGUGUAAAUUACAACAUUUUGAUAAAAAAACUAAAUUUCUACGGAAUUCGAGGUAUUUCUUUAAAUUGGUUCCAAUCUUACUUGGAUGAUAGGAAACAACUGGUUAUAACAAAUUAACGAUAAAACGAAGAAAACUCGAGUAUUUGGGUCACCUGAUGAGAGGUCAUAAAUACGCAUUACUUCAAAAUAUAAUGCAAGGAAAAAUAGAAGGAAAACGGAAUCCAGGCCGUAGAAGAAUGUCGUGGAUGCGGAAUUUGAGAGAGUGGUUUGGCUGCACCACUAAUGAACUUUUUAGGUCAGCUGUAAACAAAAUCAGGGUAGCCUUGAUGAUUUCCAAUCUCCGAUAGGAGUGGCACAAGAAGAAGAAGAAGAACAAAUGGUACAGACUCUAGUCUCAAAAACAUUGUAUGUGGGGUACCUCAAGGUUCAGUAUUGGGUCCUCUACUUUUCCUUAUCUUUAUUAAUGACAUCACUAGCUUAAAAAUCGAGGGAAAAGUUUUUCUUUUUGCUGAUGAUACCAGUAUCACUUGGAGCAACUCAAAUAUUGCAAAUCUUCAAGCUACUAUAACUUUUGAUCUACUUGAUCAAUAAAAACCUGGUCUGACUCUAAUUUACUCUCCUUUAACGUAGAUAAAACAGCAUUAUCAUAUAUACAAUAGCAAAACAACUCAGGAGCUCUUCAACCCUUACCUCUUAAUAACAGCCAGAUCAGUACCGUUGAUUCUGUAAAAUUUCGUAUUUUUUUAGACAGAAACCUUAAAUGGUCCCUUCAUAUCGAUUUGUUAAGGAAGAAACUAUCUUCAGCUUGCUAUGCUAUAAGAUCUGUUUCGAAUGAACUCAAUUUAGCCUAGACAAAAGCCUACCUAUCUGAAAGACCAUAUUAUUCAGUAGAAGAUUUUCUUAAUUGUUGAUGUUAUCUUUACUGAUUUAGCAAAAGCCUUUGAUAGAGUAAAUCAUUCAGUACUAUUAAAAAAACUGAGGUCAUAUGCACUUUCUGACAAACUUAUAAAAUUCUUUGAAUCUUACCUUACCAACCGUACUAAUGUAGUCAAAUUUGGGAACUGCUACUCAGACAGUUUUAUAACUGGGUCAGGUGUUCCGCAAGGUUCCAUCCUUGGGCCUUUACUUUUUGUUAUGUUCAUAAAUGACAUCACUGAUUAUAUAAAAUUUAUAUAAAAUUAAGUUUCUUCUAUUUGCAGACGAUUUAAAAUUAUUUCUUACGAUAAAAAACGAACAUGACUGUAUUAAUUUACAACAAGAUAUUCAAGGCAGCAAAAGUGGGAUUGCACCAGUUACGCUUCUGUGUGGUUAUUUAUUCUGUGUUCAAGGUAUAUCCAGAUUCUGUAAAAAUAAUGAUUUGAACUUAAAUGAAUCAAAAUGUAAACUAUUGACUUUUUCUAGAAAGCGAGAAAUAAUAAGAACAGAUUAUUUUAUUAAUGAAGUAAAACUUGAAAGGUUAACAAAAAUCAGAGAUCUAAGGGUGUUAUUCACUAGCACAUUCUCCUUUAAUGAGCACAUUCUCAAACUAACUAAUGAUUGUUAUAGACAAUAGACAGUUAGGCUUUAUCCUAAAAUCCAGUAAAGAAUUUUAUUGUGACACUACAAUUAAGCUUUUUAAUGCAUAUGUGAGGUCAAAACUCGAAUAUUGUUAUACCAUAUGGAGUCCCUCCACCAUAUCACAUAGUGAUAUGAUAGAGAGGAUUCAGAAGAAAUUUUUAAGGUCUUUAAAGAAAUUUGGGAUUUAUCCUUUUAAGGUUUCCUAUAACUUGCAGAGAAUGCUUUUUGACACUGUGUUAUUGAGCGAAAGACGUAGAAAUGCCCAAAUCAUUUUUAUAUUUAAUAUACUUUAUCAAAUCAUAGAUUCUCCUACGAUUCUUUAAUUUAUAAAUUUUAAUGUACCAGACCAAAGACUUAGAUGUAGACACAGUUUAUUUAAAAUAACUCCAGAAUAAGCAAACUCCCCCAUGGCAAACUGCUUAAUGGCAACGAACGAUUUUAUCGUGAGUGAAGACCUUGACCUAUAUAAUAUGAAAAAGAGUACUAUGUUACAUAAACUGUGAUACCCGUAUUUAUUGUUUUAAAGUGUAUUUAUUUUAUUGUAUUGUAUAAAUUGUAUGUUCUUAUUUCUUUGUAUUGACCAACUGUGUGUUUAUAAAUGGCAUCAUUGCUGUAAAUGUGCAGUAUAAAUAAAUAAAUUAAUUAAUCAAUAACUAAGAAAUUACAGUACCCUUGACCAUUGACACAAGUAGUAUUUUUAUUAUUUUUUUAUCUAUAUUUGAGUGUCGUAUGCAGCAGCUUAACUUUUAAACUUAUUAAUUACUAGGUAGACUAUGAAAUUUGCAAUUUAUUUAAAUUUUGCAAUUGAUUCUUUCUGUUUAACUUCAUUAUUAUUAUUAUUUUUUAAUUACAUUGUCGAUUUAUGUAAUUUUAGUAAAUUGAAUUGUUAUUGUUUUGUUUUCUUGACUUUUUAUAAGCUUUGUCGAUAAAAUUGUACAAUUUUUCAUGACAAUAAGAGCCAGCGCAGACUGUAGACUUUUUAGUCGGCUUCUUAAUCAGUACAGAGAGUUAUGCAGAUGCACACAUUACACCGAUUCACCAAUGCAUACCUCUCUGUACUGAUUAAGAAGCUGACUAAAAAGUCUGUGUGGGCUCUAAAGCAUAUUUCUCUCUCUUCUCUAUAAGUGUAAUGUUGUAAAUUAUUGUAACCCGUGUGUAAUAAAUGUCUAACAAUUAAAAAA